AUGGAAGGAAAAGUUGUUUUGAUCACAGGCGCCUCUUCGGGCAUGGGAAAGGCGUCUGCCCUCUACCUGGCCCAAAAGGGUGUCAAGGCCAUUACCCUCUUUUCUCGUCGCAAAGAAGCUUUGGACGAAACCGCCAAGGAAAUCAAGGAAAAGUUCCCAUCCGUCCAGACUCUGGUCGUUGCGGGAGACGUGGCCAGCGCUGCUGAUAAUCAACGAGCCGUCGAUGAAACCGUCAAGGCGUUUGGAUGUCUUCACGGGGCCUUUUUGAAUGCCGGCGUCUACAAGGGUGGCGCCCCCUUGCACGAAGUCCCAGAAGAGGAUAUUCAGGCAAUUCUGGACAUCAACGUCAAGGGAACUUUGUACGGAUUGAAAUCCUGCAUCCCAGCCAUCAAAAAGACCGUCGGAGACGAGGGACCCACAGGCAGCAUUGUGGUCAACAGUAGUUGCAUGGCAAGGGCGGUGAUUGGCCCCAAAAGUGCCAACAAUGGUUUGUAUUCGGCCAGCAAAGCCUUUGUGAGCUCCUUGGUCGAAACGGCCGCCGUGGAAAAUGCCCCUCGCAUCCGUGUCAACGCAGUUCUUCCUGGCGUGGUCAAAACCAGCCUCAUGCCCGUAGACGACGAAACGUACGACACGAUUGGAGGAAGGCUGCAGCCUCUGUGGGGCAAGGCUGCCAUGCCUCAGGAAGUUGGAAGUCUAGUUGGCUACUUGCUCAGCGACGAAGCUUCUUUCAUUUCUGGAACCAAUAUCAACGUGGAUGGUCUCUGGUCCAAGUCGGGAGGUAGUUUCUAA